GUGACCGAAGCCGUUCCUGCCAACACGCCGUUCGCCGUUCCGCUUUCACCAAAGCAAGUCGACUCGCACACGACGUUCAUGCAGACACCGAGUCUGUCGCACUCGCCCGCCACCAGCCUACCGAGACACUCACGUGGACUGGACUUUUCAAGAGCGAGCACCAACCUGCACCACUCCACGAUCCCCGUGCAAAGCAGUCCGGGAUCUUCUCCGAUCAUCACUCAGAAGGCAGUGCCAAUACCGGGGCGGAGGCUGUCGGUGAACAGCAUGGCUCUCGACUCGCCGGUUCUCAAUGGACACAGCGCGCCGUGGUCUGCAUUCAACCCCGACAGAGGACAAAUGAGCAGUUCGAUGGGCAGCGUGAAUAUGCUGGGUUCUGGAAGUGACGAGAGCAGCGACAGUGACGAAGAUGCUAGCAUGGGCGGAGACGACAACGAAGAUCCGAUGUUCACCACGCCACAAGUUCACAAGCUGCAGAAUCCUCAUGCAGCAGCCACGCCAUUCAAUCCUCAAGCAACACCUACGGCUGCCGCGAGCACGGUUUGGGGCAGCGGAGCUCAUUUCUCACCUGCACAGACUUCUCUCAUGAAGACGAUGAGACGAUCAAGCAGGGUACACAAGACUGGACGAAGAAGCAGGAAGAGCUCAAGCAGUGCUAGCGGUAGCGGAUACAGUUCUGUGGCUUCUCCACGGAAUGUUUCUCCCCCGCCCAUGCGGAGCAUCGAGUCAGCUGCUAACGGCGGCUACUUCUCGUGGACGAAUGCGGCGCGGAGUAGACGGGAGAGCUUGGCUAUGGGUACGGAUGGACUUCACUUGUCUAGCGGGAAUGACAGCGGAGACGAGGCAGCACCGACAGCGCCAUCGACUCCAGGCGUGAUCAGGCGAGUGGUCACCAGGCGGCAAAAUCUUCUACCAAAGACGAAAGGCUUCGCACGCAUCCGCGCUGCACUGGCCGAGGAAGCUGCUCCCGUUGACAGCGAAGUGAGACGAGAGGCCGAGACGAUCCGACAGGUGCGAGAGAGGGAUAGCAGCGUCGGUCCUUUUGAUUUGGAGCCUCCACAAAGUAUGACUGCCCAAUCUUCUCCAAAUCUUUUGCCUGCGGUCCCCGAAUCUGCCCAAGAAGACUUCGGAUUGGAGCUCGACGGCGACGCAGGACCGAAAGCAGUUCCUCCGGGAACCAAUUUCGCCGCACAUGCGAGUCGUAAUAGUGGAGGACUGGACUACUGGAACCGGUUCGAUCCGUCCAUGCGCACGCCGCCUCCGAAUGGUACCCCAGGAUUCCUGCGACAAAGCAGCAGCAUCAUGUCGGAUGGCACAAUGGACUCGCCGAUGGGUGACUUCACACAGUGGCGGCGCCCGCGAGCUCGGUCAUCUGCUUCAGACGCAUCCGAAGCCUUUGUGCCAUCUGCAGCCACACCCAUGCCUGCGGGUGUGAACGACGACAUGCACUUGAAGAAGUUCAAGCGCCGUCGCGAAGACGACUUUGAUAUCGCAACGAUCAAGCGACGCGCAGUAUCUCCGGGAAUGAGCGCGCAGAACAGUCCAAUACUCACCAACUCGCCCUCGCAACGAGAUUCGACUGGGUGGGGCAUGCCUCCAGAACGAAAGGAUAGGACGGGCACACCUUCGAUGAGCGACGGUCCAAUGCCUAGCUCACAGCCUCACCAGCAGACGCGGCCGGGAAGCUCGUUGAGUAUGCCUUCGGGGAGUGGGAGUCUGGUCAGUCAGGGGAAGAAGCUGGGGUUGCAGCCCAUGGCUGAUACGAAUGAUGGCUUGAUGAAAAUGAGCAUUGAAUGAGCUCAGGACAGACGGGACGGCAUUGUAUUUAGCGAAGGCGCUCAGGUGUUCUACAGUCAUACUCGAAUAUCAGAAGUGAAGAAUUGAAA